UUGGCCACUCAGAUCGAUUUGAACUUUCGAGUGGACGAGACGAGACUCUGUGCCAAUUGGAGUUCCGUGAGCGUCGGUCGUGCGGUCGGAUAACGGCUUUUCAAAUGGACACAUCACUGUAAUUAGAUAACGUCGCAAUGUGGAUUAAUAAUAAUCAUCGUGUUCUGUGUGUGUGAGCGUGUGAGCAGUAAAACUCUUGAUCUACAAUUAAAGUGAGGAACCAAAUCGCACCAAACAACCGCAAAUAGCAGGCAAACAAACAGAAGGGCAUUAAAUCCAAGUGAACGGUUCUUAAGCGCACUCUCCUGCUUUCCUUCGACCAGAAUAAAGUGUGAAGGGGAUCGACGAUCACAAAUAACGGUUCGCGCUCACGAGAAAAAGAAAACCAAAUGCAGGCCGCAAAGUAAUGCCAUAUAGAAGCUAAAAACAACAAAACAAAAGUGCGCUGUGCCAAUUAAACAUCAGCUAAGAAAUCAACAAAGGUCUGCGCAGGUCUUUGAUCAACCGCAACCAGCGAAACAUUCGUCGUAAUAUUCGUCAUAUUCGUACUAUUCGUUAUAUUCGUGACAUUCGAGCAGGGUGAUCCAAUUCGGCUCGAUGCAACUGCGAGUGCACCCUACUAUGGACUGUAGCGGUCGUUCAGCCAGCAACAUUGAACGCGAUUCCGAUCUGGGCGACGAUUUGUCACAUGGUGAUCGAACGGACGACGAGAUGCGCGACUGCGACUCCGUGGAUGGGGAGCAUCAUCAGCUGAGCGCCAAGGCGGCGAUUGCAGCCCGCUUGAGUCACACAGUUUCCGGCGGCGGAGGCAGCUUUGCCAGCCCCGAACCGCAGACCGAGCUGCCCCUGAGCCAUCACCAUCAACUGCCGCCGAAUCAUCCGCUCAACGCUCUGGGCAGCUUCAUGGGCAUCGGCGGACUACACAGCAUUCCAAAUCUCCAGCACAGCGAUGUGCUCGAGAAGCUCAAGAUGCAGGUGCGCGACAUGAAGGUGGGCCUGAUGGAACAGGACUACGCUGCCGCAGCACAUGCCGCUGCUUUCGGGGCCAACAUGCUGCCCACGACGAUCAGCUCGGGCUUCCCACUGCCCCACAACUCGGUGGCCUUUGGCCAUGUCAGCUCGGCGCCCAGCGGUGGCAAUGGGAGCAGCUACAACGGAGGCACCACCCCCACGCCCAGCGCCAACAGCAAUGCGGCCACCAAUGGAGGCGCCACCACCGGACCCGGAGGAACAGGUGGAUCGGGUGGCGGAGGAGCAGGAGGAGGAGGCGGCGGCGGAGGAGUGGGUGGCCACCAGUUCUCGUUUGCAUCCCCCACAGCAGCGCCGAGCGGCAAAGAAGCCCGCCACUUUGCAGCCAAUUCCGCAUCGAACUCGUCGACGUCCAGCGAGGCUUCCAAUUCAUCGCAGCAGAAUAAUGGAUGGAGCUUUGAAGAGCAGUUCAAACAAGUCAGACAGCUCUAUGAAAUCAACGAUGACCCCAAGCGCAAAGAGUUCCUGGACGACUUGUUCUCAUUUAUGCAGAAGCGCGGAACUCCGAUCAAUCGGCUGCCGAUCAUGGCCAAAUCGGUGCUGGAUCUCUACGAGCUGUACAAUCUGGUGAUAGCCCGCGGCGGCUUGGUGGAUGUUAUCAACAAGAAGCUGUGGCAGGAGAUCAUCAAGGGGCUGCACCUGCCCUCCAGCAUCACCAGUGCCGCCUUCACCCUGCGCACCCAAUACAUGAAGUAUCUGUACCCGUACGAGUGCGAGAAGAAGAACCUCAGCACGCCGGCGGAGCUGCAGGCGGCCAUCGAUGGGAAUCGCCGGGAAGGACGUCGCUCCAGCUACGGCCAGUACGAGGCCAUGCACAACCAGAUGCCGAUGACGCCCAUUUCGAGACCCUCCCUCCCCGGUGGCAUGCAGCAAAUGUCGCCGCUGGCACUGGUCACCCAUGCCGCGGUGGCCAACAAUCAGCAGGCACAGGCCGCCGCUGCAGCCGCGGCAGCUCAUCAUCGCCUGAUGGGCGCUCCCGCCUUUGGCCAGAUGCCCAACCUGGUCAAGCAGGAGAUCGAGAGCCGGAUGAUGGAGUAUCUGCAGCUGAUCCAGGCCAAGAAGGAGCAGGGCAUGCCGCCCGUUCUGGGCGCCAAUCAUCCCCACCAGCAGCAGCACUCACAGCACCAGCAGCAGCAGCAGCACCACCAGCAGCAGCAGCAGCAGCAGUCGCAGCAGCAACACCACCUGCAGCAGCAGCGCCAGCGGUCGCAGAGUCCGGAUCUGAGCAAGCACGACGCACUCAGUGCCCAGGUGGCCCUGUGGCACAUGUACCACAACAACAACAGCCCGCCGGGCUCGGCACACACAUCGCCGCAGCAACGCGAAGCCCUGAACCUCUCCGACUCGCCUCCAAAUCUCACAAACAUCAAGCGGGAACGCGAACGGGAGCCCACUCCAGAGCCCGUGGACCAGGAUGACAAAUUUGUGGACCAGCCGCCUCCAGCGAAGCGCGUGGGCAGUGGCCUCCUUCCGCCCGGCUUUCCUGCCAACUUCUACCUGAAUCCACACAACAUGGCCGCUGUGGCAGCAGCUGCGGGAUUCCAUCACCCAUCCAUGGGCCACCAGCAGGAUGCCGCAUCUGAGGGCGAACCGGAGGACGACUACGCCCACGCCGAGCACAACACCACGGGCAACUCAUCCUCGAUGCACGACGACAGCGAACCGCAGCAGAUGAACGGACACCACCACCACCAGACCCACCAUCUGGACAAGUCCGAUGACUCGGCCAUUGAGAACUCACCCACCACGUCGACCACCACCGGUGGGUCGGUGGGUCAUCGCCACAGCUCGCCCGUUUCCACCAAGAAGAAGGGCGGCGCUAAGCCCCAGAGUGGAGGAAAGGAUCUGCCGUCCGAGGACAAGGAUGCGUCGUCCAGUGGCAAGCUCAAUCCCCUCGAGACGCUGAGCCUGCUGUCCGGCAUGCAGUUUCAAGUGGCAAGGAAUGGAACUGGCGAUAACGGCGAACCGCAGCUGAUUGUCAAUCUGGAGCUUAAUGGCGUCAAGUACUCUGGGGUGCUGGUGGCCAAUGUGCCGCUGUCCCAAAGCGAGACAAGGACGAGCUCACCCUGCCACGCUGAAGCACCAACAGCCGAGGAGGAGAAGGAUGAGGAGGAGGAGCCGAAAGCCGCUGAAGAGGAAUCGCAUCGAUCGCCAGUCAAGCAGGAGAGCGAGGAAGCCGACCAGGACAUGGAGGGCAGUGAAAUCCUCCUGAACGGUGGUGCUUCGGCGGUGGGUGGUGCUGUUGCUGGUGUGGGUGUGGGUGUGCCCCUGCUCAAGGAUGCCGUGGUCAGCUAGAAAGGAUAACGAGAACCGGCAUGGAAAAGAAACGAAAGGAAAGGAAAGGAAUACCAAAGUCAUAUUUUUCAGAAAAAUACAAAAGCAGUUAAACUCACACAAGCACACAGAUGCCGAACCUAAAUGUACAUACACACGCAUGCGGCAGGAGCACAGGAGCAUUAAGGAUGCGGACAGGACAUGAAAAGCGCAUUAGGCGCAUCCCAGCAUUCAAUGUUCAUGCAUGCAGCACCAUCCCAUCCCACCAUCGCCAUCAUCGCCGUCGUGUCCAUCCGCCCGAAACUCAAGUGCGACAUGCCGCCAGUAGAAGAUCAUGGAAUAUAUAUAUAUACAUUAUCGAAAGUAUAUAUGAUGCGUGUGUGCUCUAUUUCCACAUUUGCAUAAAAGACAAGCCAGCGAGCGUGUAGUUAUCGAUAGCCAUUACUUACAUAAGCGAGUGCAUCACCUCGGAUACAUACAACCAAUACCCCCGUAUAUAUAUGAUAUAUGAAUAGGUUAUGAUUACCCCCACACACCAAUUUGUUUUUAGCGUGAAAUCUGUUGUAUCUUCUUACGAACUUCUUCUUUUUUUGUGUUAGGCUGCAAGGCUUCUGUACAUAUCAAUCAAUACUUAGUUCUUAGGCCAUAUGCUAUACUAUAUAUAUUUACUAUAUACUAUAUACUAUAUCGGAACCUAGUUUGUAAGCACACAAUCACGCAUCACACCGCAGUAACACACAUGCUUAUCCAUUAUGACCGCAUCGUAGACAUAUUUUAGACGUAAAAUCAACACAAGUAAUAAGCAUAAAUGUAUCUGUCGUAAAAUUAAAUAGCGCUUUUGGCACCCACACACCAUUUCGAUUGCCCCCACAGUCUCCACCACAACUGCUCCAAAGCCCAAGAGCCAAGCGGAAGGUGGCAAGCCACAGCAGAUCGAUGAGCAUAUUCUAAGCAUAAGCGUUCAAUUUAUUGAAUAAUAAAUCUAUUUAAUUUUA